AUGUCCCGAUAUACAAACAUAUCGGUCGACUUGAGUAAGCUCAGCUCCGGUUCCUCAAAAGCCACAAUCACUAGUCUUAGAACCAUUCCGGUUCUAUCAUUUAGCCAAUCUGAAGACAAGGAGUGGAAACUAGUCGACAUAGAUCACGUCCCGCAAGUUCGAAUUCCAGCCGUCCCCAGAGGGGCAUCUGCUGUAAGCGAAAGUGGGCCUGAGAAGGGUGAGGAAACUCAGCCAGAAGCUAUCGGGUCCCCGACAGCAGCAGUUGCUUCCUCCGAAGGUCUUUCACCAACAGCCCCAAUGUUUGUCCCAGCUGCUAGUCAGAAUCCACCUGUGACCGCUGCAGUCCCAAGAGUCGUUCGCUCGAAUAGCCUUUCACCCACAGCUCCGGUGUUUGUCCCAUCCCCUUCCAGAUCCAGCCCAGCCGCAAUCCCAGCUCCAGCUAUCAUCUCCAGCACCCUCUCAGCAACAGCCCCAGUCUUCAUAACCAACUCCGGCGCUCCAAACUCAAUUCCAUAUCUUCUCUCAGUUACGGAGACCAACGAAAUGAUAAUCCGCCGCGAGAGAUGUCUCAGCGAGAUCAUGGAGCAGAUGGAUUUGGCGGGGCUAGCAAGGCAGGCUGAGAUGGAUGAGAGGGGGAGGUGGUUGGUUGAUGCUGCUGUUGGCACUGGCCCUGGGGCUGGUGAGUAG